UAGUUUAUUCACCCAUUUCAAAUAUGAGGCUAGGCUCAACGGAGCUGAUCCCAACCCCAUUCUUUUCAUGCCGCCGCCACUUCCCGACACUUCAACUUCACAUACUCACCGGAGCAGUGCCGCCGCGCCGCCGCCGCAAUUGGGUCGUCAGUUCAAGCCGUCUGAAAUCUCCGAUUGCAAUUUAUGGCAGCGUCAACGAGAGGACAUGUUUUGAUAUGUUGUGGAAAUGGCUUGCUAAACUUGUUUCCUUUUACUUGCUAUCUCUCAAUCUGGCUGCUGCAGCCUCUGAUUAUCCAAUUCCCUCUACUUAUCCCUGUGAAGACAUUAGCAAUUACUAUACUCCCGUAAAGAAUUUAGGAUUAACUGGUGAAGCACUCAAGAGACAAUUGAAUAGCAUCAUUGCCCCACACCAUUCCUUGUCCUACCGAGAGAAACAGGUGUGGGAUGCCCUUAAGGUUCUUGAUGCUGCUGAUGUUAAUAACCCAGAAGCUUCGUCUGAAAUAGUUGAAAUUUACUCCUUGAGAGUUGUCCCAAAACGGUUAUCAGGAAAACCAGAGGGAUGGAACAGGGAACAUCUAUGGCCUCGUUCUUAUGGGCUGAGCAAAGGUCCAUCUUUGACUGACAUACAUAACAUUCGUCCUGCUGAUGUAAAUGUCAAUUCAUCAAGGGGGAACAAGUACUAUGGUGAAUGCGUUACUAGCUCAACCAAAUGUUUGAGGCCAGCUAACAAAGAAGCUGCUUUCGACACUGAAACAGACAAGCAGAGCUGGGCACCACCUAUGCAGGUUAGAGGAGAUAUAGCAAGGGCAUUAAUGUACAUGGCAGUUUGUUAUGGUUUCCGGCAACCAGGGGAAAGUCCAGGUCUUCAACUCUCGGAUACCCCUAACAUUGAAAACAGAGAGAUGGGACUCCUUACCACUUUAUUAAAAUGGAAUGAGGUUGAUCCACCUUCAAGGGAAGAAAAACUGAGAAAUGAGAGGAUCUGCAAAUUUUAUCAGCAUAAUCGGAAUCCUUUUGUUGAUCAUCCGGAGUAUGCCAAUCUUAUAUGGAAACAAGCUUAUUGAAGACAUGCAAAACAGGGUAAAGAAAGAUGAAGAAUGUUAUUUAGUUUGAAAUGUUAGAGUCGACCUUCAAUGGAUCUUUAGAGCAGAAAAUUCUUCCGUUAUUAUGUCGGUGGGUCGGUUGUUCUUACUUGCACCAAUCUCCUUCAUUCGUGGGUUGCUUCUAUACGUGUUCUUGAAAUGGAAUUUCGAUCUCCACCUAUGAAUGUCCCGUGACACAAACCACUAAUGUUCAUAAUCAUUAAGUCUAGUUUACAAAUAAAGUUCCGGGAACUAGCAUAAGUAAUUUUGGACUGCUGUGCUCUUAAAUCGAGGGUUGCUUCUUCCUGCACCAAUAAAAUUUGUAAUUCCACCAAUGAAAGUAUAAUAAAAACAAGGCAUUUACAAACUUGGUCAUUGGUGAUGGUGAAUCUUUUAAUAACAUGGAGAUUAUUUAGUGGCAAAGAAAGAAUAAUGGAAUUAGGGGUUUAAGGGUUGCAAUCGUGAGAAAAGGAAAUAAAUAUUGAUUUUGUUGAGAAACCAUUGAUGGAGGAAACACUAUUGUCAGGAAACAAAAGUUAUGCCAUUGAAGGAAAUGGAGGUGCUGGGGAUGAAGUGAGUGAGCAGCAGUGUUGAAGAAGCGA